AUGGCGGACUGCACGCACGCCAGGCAGCCUGGGAUGCUGGCUUUUCCUUCUGCUGGCUGCAGGCAGGGCUCGCUUCCAGGCAUGAGUGGGGAGAAACCUAAAAAGAAAGCUUUCUAUCUAGUGAGGAUGAAGCCACUGAAGGAGCCCACCGGCACCACUAACAACAAUGUCUCGUUCGUGAUACAGUAUCACAUAGGCAAGGAGAUCAAACACAUUUGCAGCAACUGCAGUCGCGGGGAGGAAGCCCGUGACGCUGAAGAGGUGGAAAGACUGGCUGCAAUGCGUUCAGAUUCUCUAGUACCUGGGACUCACACGCCUCCAAUCAGAAGAAGGAGCAAAUUUGCCACUCUUGGGAGACUUUUUAAGCCCUGGAAAUGGAGGAAGAAGAAGAGUGAAAAAUUUAAGCACACUUCAGCAGCUUUGGAAAGAAAAAUGUCAAUGAGGCAAAGCAGAGAGGAGCUUAUAAAACGAGGAGUGCUGAAAGAAAUUUUUGAUAAAGAUGGGGAGCUUUCCAUACCGAAUGAAGAAGGAGCUUUGGAGAAUGGGCAGCCUCUGGGCUCUGGGCUGAGCGCCAGCCAGGUGUCCCUGCCAGCCCUAGCAGAACUGGAGUCAGUCCCAGCAGCUGUGGAACCCUGCUCAUAUGAGGUGCUCCCAACCACAGAGAUCAUGGAUGGGACAGUGUCUGAAGAGAGCCCCACAUCCAAUGAAUCCGGCGUCCUCCUGUCCCAAGAUCCUACAGCUAAGCCAGUCCUGCUACUUCCCCCCAAAAAAUCUGCCGCUUUCCCUGGAGACCAUGAGGACACCCCAGUGAAACAGUUGUCCCUCCUCAAACAGCCCCCUGCCCUGCCUCCUAAACCUAUUGCCAGGAUUGCCAGCCACUUAACUGAUCCUGGCGCUCCUGUGAAACUGCCUUGUAUGCCAGUUAAACUGUCACCUCCACUACCUCCAAAGAAAGUCAUGAUUUUUGGGCCCCCUUUAGGGGGGCCAGACCUCUCUCUCUCAUCCUAUGCCACGCAGAAGAGCUCCCAGCAGCCUUUGACCCAGCAGCAUCACACUGUCCUGCCAUCCCAGUUAGCAGCUCACCAGCUCCAGUACGGCAGCCACAGCCAGCACCUUCCUUCUGGGUCCAGCACGUUGCCCAUUCACCCUUCAGGGUGCCGGAUGAUCGAGGAACUGAACAAAACCUUAGCCAUGACCAUGCACAGGCUAGAAAGUUCUGGUUUACACUCAAGUGACAGUGUUACAAAAACAGGACCUGGGGGCCUUCCAGACAUGAGACAAGUGCCAACUGUUGUGAUCGAAUGCGAUGACAAUAAAGAAAAUGUGCCUCAUGAAACUGACUAUGAAGAUUCUUCCUGCCUCUAUCCAAGGCAGGAGGAGGAAGAAGAGGAAGAUGAAGAGGAGGAUAACUCAUUAUUUACAAGCCCCCUGGCAAGGAAGCUCUGUAGGAAGGACUCUUUAGCAAUCAAACUAAGCAACAGGCCUUCCAAGCGAGAGCUGGAGGAAAAGAACAUCCUCCCCAUGCAGACUGAUGAAGAGAGGCUCGAACUUAGGCAGCAGAUUGGGACAAAGCUAACAAGACGACUGAGCCAGAGGCCGACUGCUGAAGAAUUGGAGCAGAGGAACAUACUGAAACCCCGGAAUGAGCAAGAGGAGCAGGAGGAAAAGCGAGAGAUUAAGAGAAGAUUAACACGUAAGCUGAGUCAAAGGCCCACGGUAGAAGAGCUACGUGAGAGGAAGAUCCUCAUCCGCUUCAGCGACUACGUGGAAGUGGCGGACGCGCAGGACUACGACAGGAGGGCGGACAAGCCCUGGACACGACUCACAGCCGCCGACAAAGCAGCCAUUCGAAAAGAGCUUAAUGAAUUUAAAAGCUCUGAAAUGGAAGUUCAUGAAUUAAGUAGGCAUCUAACAAGGUUUCAUAGACCGUAGCAGAUCAAUUCUACCUGACUACUAUGCCAUCUUCAAAACAUAAUUAAAAUGAACCAUAAGUGCUGGUAUUAUUCACUUCCCUGUUACGUACAAUGUAAAUCUUCCGAACUGCCUUUUUAAAAAAAAAAUAGUAGAAAAAUAAAUAUUAAAAAAAAGGAGAAUUGUAUUUACAUGUGAUGAGUACUGCAGCAUCAUCAGACCUGCUGGUUCAAGCUUCAGUAACAGAAAAUACCCCUGGUGGGAAAUCGUGCCAAGACUUGGCAUCUAUGUAUAGGACUUUCCCGGCAUGUGGAUUUGCCAUACGUGUUCAAGCCCAGCUGGUGGUGCAACCAUUGUUGUCUUCAGGCACCCCUCAUCCUGAGAAGCCUCUGUCAUCAACCCUAGAGAGCCCUGAGAUGGUAUUCAGGGAAUCACUUGGCCUGGGUGAAGUCUCCAAAAGAUGAGUCCCUAUGGCACUAAAGCACUUACACCAAACACUCCUUUCAAGCUGAGAGCACCUUAUGAGGACAGUGAAGGAGCGAAACUCUCCAUGGGCCAGCCCAUCUGUGAAUAUCAUCUCACUGGAAAGGCAUUUCUUUCCCUGGAGAAGUUUUCAGCCAGUCAGUAGAUAUUGUUCAGCUUCCAAGCAGAAAAAGGUAUCGCCUCUGAAGAACAAGACUCCCUAGUGAAGGCUGCUUCAGUUCCAGCAACUGUUUGUUUUCCAUGUCUUUCAAGCGUAAUUUUCUAAAGCCAGUUGUAAGCUCAUUAGCAGUAAGUGACAAGAACACUGAGGACCAGCAAGAAAGCACCCAUUUCUUCAUGGUCACUGCAUGGCAUCUGCUCCGCUUGUAGUUUGUCUUACACCCAAACCUCGUGACUGUGUGAGAGCCAACAUGCCCCCGGCGGCAGGAAAGGCUGGGAUUCCCCUCUGGCUCUGCAGGGGGACACACAACAGGAGGGGCUGGAGCUUCCAUGAAGGAUGUCUAUUGUCUCUGUAUCAGGUGUCUCAAGAACUGAUCCUAAACUCACACUAAGCAAAGCAUGACAAAGUGUGUUACCUGGCCUAACAAAAGGAGUCUGGGGCAUUCUUGUGGAUGGUGGGACUCAUCACUGGUACCCACAGCUGAGGCAUAAGGACAGCAAUUCAGAGGUGUUCUGAAUUUAUUGGUUCUAACUUUGCUUUUAAUUUAUUUUUAUUAGAGUGGUUUAACACACAGACUGACCAAGCAGAGCUCAGAGAGCUGGUCACUCUGGGCCUGGUUUACUUGCCAACUUAAGCGUGUGCUCUACAGUAAGGAAGCACACACAGCCUCACUGCUUUCAGGAAUAUGUCUGACAGGCUUAUUUGAACCUGAACACAGAAUCACAAAAUCACCAGGGUGGAAGAUACCUUCAAGAUCAUCAAGUCCAGCCCAUGCCCUAACACCUCAACUAAACACAAUUAAGUGCUUUUCUGAAUUUAGGCAAUCACUUUCCAGAAUUAAGUCCUUAACUAGUAUAAUGCCAGCAAGCUGGGGCAGACAUUGUCAGGAUUCCUUUCAAGCUCUUACAAAACACUAUUAUACCAUAUUUUGGGACAGUGGCUGAAAGCACUAGCAACAUUACUGUAAGAAGUUCCAGAUUACUAUUUCAAGAUAUCUUUUUUUCCACAAUAGCUAUUUUCCUCUGAUAGUUUGAACAGAGAGGCCAAAGUUUUUUACUACAGAAUAGUUAUUUCUGUUACUCUUUUACUAAUUUUUCCUUUCUCACUGUCUUCCAUGUGUCUAUCCUCUCUUCUGUGCUCCCUGUCCAGCUCCCCCUGUUCCAUGCUAACAUCUCCCUUCACUGAUUGCAGGCUGAGAAGCCUCUCACACUUGAGCAUUUAAUGGCCAGUGCAGUGUAGUGCCAACACUCCUGCCUCUUCUCAGGCCUCACCUCACUCCUCUGGACGCAGGAGUACAGCCAAAGGACCUGCAUGUAGCCCAUGGAGUGGCUCUAGCACCCAGCCUGCCCCAACAACCCUGGCAGAGAGGGUACCACCCUCCAUCUGCGCUUGACGGUGGCACUCAGUGCCUUGCAGGUUGGCUCUCCUUCAGAGAGAUGCAAAAGCUUUUCAUUCUCAUCCAUGGCCAUCCUUGCAAUGCUGUGGGUUAUAAGCUAUUAAAUGAGGAUUGGCUGUUGUAGGAUGGAACAUCAAAGCAAAGUAAAAACCAGGUGGUUUCUGGUGCUUCCUGGACAGGGUGAUGAUUUCUGGGAAAACACAUUGUGAUCCCUGCAUCACCUGCUCACACUUGCUUUAGAUAGAAGUUCAUCAGUAGUGAAAGCCUUCAAUGUGCAAGUUAUCAGCUCAGUGCAGCAGAGGCAGAGAGCACUUAACACACCAGCCAGGAAUACACUGCUUUGGGGUUAUCUUCAUGAAAACUUCAGUUAGUGUUUAUAAAUUCAUUCACAUACAUAUGCACACAAGUUACAAGACUGCAUCAGAGCUUUAAAACAAGGGAAAAAAGCCUUUAUGCUUUUGACUGCACAGAUGCUGCAUUAGCAAAGGGCUCUGCAACAGAGCUGUUCCGAAGAAGAAAAUAUCCUUGUGCUCCCAGCAUGGAUCUCACACCUGCCCUGGCAUUGCUAGUGUAGAGGAUCACUGUGAAAUGGAAGGGACACCAUUUAAGGAGCGGUGGUGACAGGAAUCACAGCACUUGGUAGGCUAGUGGGAGCAAAAGGUGAGGGUUUCCUUCACUUUUAUUUAUAAAAUUAAGAGGAGGGAUGUGGAAUUCACAGGCUGCUGCUGUCUGUCCAUUGUAGUGCUGGAGUCCCUAGGGGGAUGAUCAGUCUGGGCACUGCCACUGUCCCUCACGGGCACAGCCCCAAGCAGUGCCCACACUGCCAGUCUGGCACCCAAAAUAAACUCUUGAGCACUGGCUGAGACACAUAACAGCAAAGUUCUGGGUGAUGGCCAAACAUGCCCCAGCACCUUCAUCCACAUGAGCCCACGGCAGGUCCCUGCUGAUCACUCAGCAAGUUGCCACACUCAGCCUUGCCCCAUGAUUUGUGCUCCGCAGGGCAGCUCCAUGCGGUUUUUUUUCCCUUAUUUCUUUGGGAUUUUUUUUUACUUAACUCCUAGCUGAGCAGACACCAGGAUGGAAGUGGAAGAAUUGCCAUAUUUCUCCCCAGCUGGAAAUAGAGCUUAUUCCUGAAAAGGGAGAAGGGGAGGAAAAAGAAGCCAUACAAGGUGUUUGGCACUGCAGUAUCACCAAACUGACGCUUCAUCUGCUUUUAGCUUCAGUGGGUGUGGGUGGUUUGUCAAGGUGUUCCACAGCAGCCUUUCAGGGCACUGCAUCCUCGGUGUGCAUGCCCACCUCUGGCAUCCCUGGGAAGUUGCACACAGACUGGGGAACUGCUGGUCCUUUUUUUGUAAAUCUGGUUUCUUGAGAAUUGUUUUUCCAUCUGUGAAAGCCAUCUCUAUCUAUCAUGGCAAAGGAGCUGUGAUUCUGUUGGUAGGAAAAAAGCCCAAACAACAAAGAGUCAUGAUUUCUCUCCUUUGACCUGGAUUAUGUGUAGGACACAAUGAUGGCAUUCCUGCUAAGACUGUGUUAGCAGAGUCAUCCUCAUUAUGGUUGGAAGAAGAUUAAUAGUGAUAAUAAAGAAAUUACACCAGGUUUAGAGAAUGGAAAAAUCAACACAGAACAAAAAAUUACUAUUCCAGUCAUCCAUCUCCAGAGAUAAUAAUCUAGAGUCAAAGAAUAGAAGCAUUUUUGGUAUAAUCUACCAAAUCCUGAAUACUUAAAGUGUGCAAGUAUUUUGACAUCUGUUCAGCAGCCUGCAGAAUAAUAAAGUAGAAGUGGGGUCUGAGGGGCAGCUGGGGAGGUGGUGGGGCUUGAAAAAGCAGUUCCAAAACAUCCA